AUGGUGAUUUCAGACAUGGGGCAAAGCAAGAGAAGGGCUAAGGGAGUGUACGGGGAUGGUGGUGAGCCUAAGGGAAAACGUGGGUUUGCAUCAGAGGAAGUGCGGGAGGAAGUGUGGGAGGAAAUGCGGGAGGAAAUGCGGGAGGAAAUGCAGAAGGAAUUGCGAGAGGAUAUUGAGAAGGAGAGGGCGCGACUGUGGGAGGAGAUGCAGGCAGAUGUGAUGAGCCAAUUGGAGCGCAGGAAACAGGAGCUGCUUGCUGACAUGGCAAGGAAAGUUGAUGCUGACGUGGCGGAGGAGUAUGAGAGGAUCAGGCGGCAACAGGAGGAGGAGAUUCGGCAACAGGGCGAGGUUGAAACAGAGGUUACGGAUUACCGAGCCAAGUUGCUAGCUUCGGUAGAAGAGGAGGCGACUCGCUUGCGGGAGAAUUUGAGGGAGAGUAAGGCUCGGGAAGUGGCUCGGGCUGAGCGUGAGGUCCGGCGGCUGCAGGAGGAGCUGGAGGUUCGGGCGACUCAGGUGCUAGACUCGUUCCGAACCGACCUGCAGGUUCGGCUGGAAGGGGAGAAGCUGAAGCUGAGGAGAGAAGCAGUGCGAGCAUUAGAGCGAUGGAGAGAGGAACUUGAGAUGAAGGUUCAGCGGAAGGUUCAAGGCAUGCGGAUGGAUCUACAGAUGAAGCUAGAGGCGAAAAGGAGGGAGAUGGAGGUGGUAAUGAGGACGAAAGUGGAGGAGGAGAGAGUGUGGCGAUUGGAACGGCUUAGUCGGGAGCUGAGGGAGGAGGAGAUGGAGCUCAGAAGGGGGUGGAGGGAGAGGAUGGAGCGAGAGAAGCAGCGGGUGCUGGGAGAUGGUGGGUCGAGGCGUUCGUUUGAUCUGGGGGGUUUGAGGAAUGGGCAAGGUGUGGGGUUGAACUUGAGAGAGGAUGAGCAGAGAGUGCAGGAGGGUGUGUCAAGGCAUUCUUUUGAUUUGACGGAAAAAUCACCUCUGAUGCUGGGCGGGGUGAGGAACGGGCAAGGUGUAGGGUUGAGAGAGGGUGAGCAGAUGAUGUUUGGAAACAUGAGGAGUCCUAGAAGGUUCGGAGGAGUGAUUGGACAACAGCAGCAGCAGCAGCAGCAGCAGCAGCAGCAGCAGCAGCGGCACGUGGGGGAGGCAUAUGUAUGGGACGGAUUUUUUGACAUGGAGUCUGAUUUUAGCCGAGACGGGCAUGGAUAUGGGCGCCGCAAUUUUGGGGAGAGCUCGUGCGAGUUCAUGCCAAGAUUUUCGCUCGGGCAGGCCGGGCAGGUGGAAGGAAGUGUAUUGGCCGGGGACUGGAUGGGUCAGGGCAGGGUUGGGCUGGGGGCAGGCGGGAGAAAACUGAGGAGGCGGGGGAAGAGCAAUCGGACGGUGGAAAGCGAAUCUGGUCACGAUCGGACGGUGGAGGAUGCAUUGAAAUCGGGGAGCUGUGGAGGGUAUUACUCGGCACGGGGCGAUUCAGAUUCAGAGGAGAUGGGGGAUCUGGGGAAGGGGGAUCUGGGGAGGGUGCAUAUACGGGCACGGCGCAGAGGGGUUCAGAGCGGUGGAGGGGCGUUUGACGAUGGAGGGAUCUCGUUUGGGGAGCGAGAGAGCAUGUUGAAACAAGCCAGACGGUUUGCAGCGGAGCAGCGGCGGAGCUUGAAGGAGCGAGAGGCCGUGAUAGAGGCGGCCAGGAGGGACUGGAGGAGCCGUAUGGAAGCAGUUCAAGAGUUAUCCGAUCCUGAUGAGAAGAGGCGGAAAGGGCAACACCUGAUGGCCAUUAAAGCCACAUUGGACCAGCACGAGAGGGAGUUGAAUGAUGAUGCCAGGAGCGUGAAGCAGCUGAGAAAGAGCUUACUUGCCUUCUCCCGCAACGCUCCUUCUGCUGGUAGUGGUGGCGGUGGCGGCGGUGGCGGCGGUGGCGGCGGUGGUGGUGAGCCCCACAUAGCGCUUCCUGGGCCUCCCAUCACCCCCCCCCGGCUCCCCAUAAUCCCUCCCAGGCUUCCCAUCACCCCUCCCGGGCUCCCCAUAAUCCCUCCUGGGCUUCCCAUCACCCCUCCCGGGCUUCCCAUCACCCCUCCCGGGCUUCCCAUCACCCCUCCCGGGCUUCCCAUCACCCCUCCCGGGCUUCCCAUCACCCCUCCCGGGCUUCCCAUCACCCCUCCCGGGCUUCCCAUCACCCCUCCCGGGCUUCCCAUCACCCCUCCCGGGCUUCCCAUCACCCCUCCCGGGCUUCCCAUCACCCCUCCCGGGCUUCCCAUCACCCCUCCCGGGCUUCCCAUCACCCCUCCCGGGCUUCCCAUCAUUCCCCCAGUGUCCCCCAUGAUUCCUCCUGGGCUCCCCAUAACCCCUCCCCCAAUUAACCCGCCUCCACUUCCCAUAACCCCCCCUGGGCUCCCCAUACCCCCCCCCUGCGCUCCCCAUACCCCCCCCUGCGCUCCCCAUACCCCCCCCUGCGCUCCCCAUACCCCCUACUUGACUUCCAAUCACUCCCCCUGGGCCACCCAUCACUCCUCCUGGGCCACCCAUAACCCCUCCCUGAGGGUAUGGCUGUGA